CAAAAAACUGCUUUGCUUACACAUUUUAGUAAGUAACGGUUCUCUUUGUUAGUCUUGUGUGCUCAGUACUCCAGGUGUGACCAUACAAGUACAGGUCGUUGUGAGCUUCUGCAGCAGUUUUGUUUUUUUCUGAGUCAAGUAGAGGAGAGGGCAGUGUCGCCAUCCCGUGAAGAUAAUCAUAAAUUUUAGUAUUUCUGUGAAAGAAGCCAAUACUGGUACUAGUGGUCCACUUGACCGUCAGUCUUUGAUUGACAGGUUAUCAAAUUGUAGACGUCCUACUUCUGCUUAGAUUUCCCAGGCCUGGACAUCGUAAAAGAACUUCGCGUUCUUGUGGAUUCUCCCUCAGAUGUGGACGAGGAGCUGACUGCACUACUAGUAUUCUUACUUCCGCAAUAAAAAAUAUUACGGAGCACUCGAUCGAUGGCUGUGUCAUCAAUGUCGGAGGUGAACUUCGAUUCCCUCUCCAUGUCUCAGGAUGAGGCAUGCGACUGCAUUUAUCGAAUGCUGGCCAAGAUCGGAGUGGCUGAGGACCUGAACGUGUCUGACGACACGAUAAGACAUUUUGCGAAUGAGAUACCGGACUACUACAACCAUGUGCCGUUCCAUUGCUUCCAGCAUUGCGUCAUGGUAUCACAGAUGACUUUUCUAGUGCUAACACGUUGCAGUUUGGGCAAGUCGAUUGGUCAGCGCCAGAGUACCUCUUUAAUUCUUGCUGCGCUCUGCCAUGAUAUGCAGCAUCCCGGCUUGAGUAAUGAGUAUCUCUUACGGACAGGCCAUGAGUUUGCGCAGGCGUACAAGACGUCGCCUCUGGAGAACCACCAUAUCGCCUGUGCGCAUAAGCUCAUGUCAAGCGGUAUUGCCAAUAGUAUACCGGAUAGCGAGCGGGAACAGUUGCUUCGGGACAUGCGAGAGUACAUCCUUGCCACGGACUUAUCCAAUCACACUGGCAUCAUGACGGAAGUGGAGACGAUAACGCCUAUCUUCGACAUCGCCAAUCCAUCACAUCUACGAACGCUAUGUAAGUUGGUGUUGAAGUGUUCAGAUGUAUCUAAUGAGUGCCGUCCACAACCCGUAGCUAGCCGGUGGCUGAACAAACUCAACGAGGAAUUCUGGGCUCAGGGUGACCAGGAGAAAUCGGAGGGUUUCACACCCAAGCCGAUAAUGGACCGCGAAAUGGCAGAUAUAGGACAUCAACAGGUCGGUUUUCUAUCUGACUUGGUCAUCCCCAUGUUUGAGGACCUCUGCAAGCUUGUGCCGCCGUUUGAAGAUCUGGCGUUAACCUCGCUGCGUGCGUCUCUACAGCACUACAGUGCUGCCGUCGAGGACCAAGCAACGGUGUGAGCGCAGUCAGCGGCAGGGUUGUCUAGCCGUGCCCUACGCUACAGUGCCAACUGCUGAAUCGUAUGUUCGAGCGUGUGGAGUUUGUGUGCAGAGCACAACGCCACAGCAGCGAGUUUCCCCGCGUACGGAGUAGCCAUGCUGAGGGCUUCUUUAGACGAGCGGCGCUGUGCAAGUGCUGCAGCGUGAUGGUGUCUUGAAAAGUGGUCGACGCGCCACCGUGUGUGUCCGGCCAUGAACGAUGCCCGCAUCAGGGCCAGAAUCGCGCGUGCGUGCGUGCGCGUGCGCGCGUGUGUGUGUGUGUGUGUGUUUGUUUAUAUGUGGUGGGGUGGUGUUAUUAUUGCUUUGCUGUUGUUGUACCAAUCCACUGUGGCUGGCUGGUCCCGUCAUGGUGCUGCCUGCUGGCGCUAUUAUUGGAAGGUCUUAGUUGCGUUUCUUUUUCCGUCUCUCUCUCUCUCUCUUUCUUUCUUUCUCCCUCUCUCUUGAUUCUCAUACACUUUGUUGAUCCAUUCUCUACUCGCUUGGGUGUGAGUGCUAUUUUUUCUCGCACGCGUUGUAUAUCCGUUUCUCUACUCGUCUGUAUGUGUGUGAAGUCAUGGCACAGAGCGGGGUCCUUUGUCGUGCGUGUGGCACGUUUUGUCAGCCGACUAACUCGUCUUUGCACCCACACUGGCGUGUCGGUUCUACUCAACUACUGCACCAAUGAUCUGACUAUGACCAGAGUUGUAAUAUAUCCACUAACCAUCGACAUUGAAUAUCCGAUUGGCCGAUGGCGUGCUAGCGGUUUUGCCGUCUCUCUCUCUCUUUUUAGGGCUUCUCAGUUGCAGCUUUCUCGCAUGCCUCUCUUGGUUUGACGCGUUCGUCGUCGCAGUGCCUGACAAUCUAUUCUCUCUCCUCCUCCUCCUCUCUCUCUCUCUCUCUCUCUCUCUCUCUCUCUCUCUCUCUCUCUCUCUCUCUCUCUCUCUCUCUCUCUCUCUCUCUCUCUCUCUCUCUCUCUUUUCGGUGUGCUAUAUCUAUGCAUUGUCUUGACUUAGCUUCUGGAAGACUGUGUGCAAGAACUAUACAACAUAGUCACACUCCGUAUAUACUAUGCUAAAGCUCUUUCAAUUUUUGUUGAUGUUGAUCAUAUUCUCUUUUAUACCGUACAGUUGUGUUUGGCGGUGACUUGAUUUUGCCCGUUUUCUCUUUUGUGCCCACCUCUCGUGUUUGCUUUGCUUAUCUCCUUCCUGGUUGCAGUCUUGUGCAGGAUUUGUGAGAUGUUUUGCUGUUUUCGAAUUGGCGAGGUGUGUGCACAUGUAUGCUUGCGAGCACGCGGUCUCUCUCUCUCUCUCUCUCUCUCUCUCUCUCUCUCUUUCUCUCUUCUCUCUUUCAAGGUAUUAUUAGUAGGUUUUCUCUCUGUUUUUCCCUUGUUGUGGCGCUUUCUGUGUGCUUAUCUUCUUUCCAUUGUUUUGUUUGAUGACAAAUUUUUUUUGAAAAUUAAUGAUUUUUGUGA